GUCGAGGUCGGAGGGCCCCUCCAAAAGACUCAGAGCCAUUCACUUGACGAAAUUAUCCUUUUCUCACUUCUGCCGCUUCAAACCGCUCCAGAAGCCCGAAGUAUAUACUUCUCUGACUGUACGAGUUUCUCUGCCAUAUAUCCGUCAUUCUCAUCAACGCCGAAGCGCAAUACACGCCGAGCCAGAACAUCAUUUCCUCAAUACUCUUGGUAACCUGUUUGUAAACAUGGCCUCCAACGAAGUUGCGCCCAAGACCUGCAAGGUCAUUCUGGCCGACACCAUCGCCAAGCGGCUCCUGGCCGAAGUCCACGACACCCUCGCCAAAGUGCAGGGCAGCGGCAUCUUCAAGCCCACCUUGGUGGCAUUCCUGGCUAACGACGACCCGGCCGCCCUUCAGUAUGCUGAGUGGUCUCAGAAGACCUGCGUCGAGAACGGCUUCAACUUCGACCUGCGUCGGGUCGACAAGGAGCAGCUCGAGGACAAGAUCACCGAGGCCAACGAGGAUGACAAGGUCGACGGCAUCAUCGUCUACUACCCCAUCUUUCCGGGCAACCCCACCCACGAUAAGUACAUCCAGGAGACCGUUUCGCUGGCGAAGGACGUCGAAGGUCUCUGCCAUCAGCACAUCUUUAACAUGUACCACAACGUCCGCUUCCUGGACCCUCCUCAGAACCUGAGGAAGUCCAUCCUGCCCUGCACGCCCCUCGCCGUCGUCAAGAUUUUGGAGCACCUCCAGAUCUACAACCCCAUUCUUGCCUACGGCAACCGUCUCUUCGGCAAGACCAUCACCGUCAUCAACAGAUCCGAGGUCAACGGCCGCCCGCUGGCGGCCUUGCUAGCCAACGACGGCGCUACGGUGUACUCGGUCGAUAUCACCGGCGUUCAGCUGUUCACUCGGGGUAAAGGCAUUAAGCGGAUACGCCACCAGGUCGAGAACAAGGAGGGCUGGGGUCUGGAACAGGUCCUCCCAAUCAGCGAUGUCAUCAUUGGCGGUGUUCCGAGUGAGAAGUACAAGAUCUCGACCGACCUCAUCCGCGAAGGUGCAGUUUGCAUCAAUUUCUCCUCGUUCCGUAACUUUGACGCCCCUACGGUCAAGGAAAAGGCCGCCAUCUACGUCCCGUCUGUCGGCAAGGUCACCAUUGCGUGUUUGUUGAGAAACUUGGUGCGUCUCAUCGCCAACCGUCCCACGACAAAAGACAAUGGCAACGAAGACGCCUCCACUGCCCAAGCCAGGAGCGAGGCUUUCACCGAGGGUUGAGCGCACACAUCAGAUAGAAAGGGCACGCUGCGGUCGGGCUCAAAAAGCAUUGAGGCUUGAUUAUACCUGGCCAGCCACGACGGAUGGAACAUUAGAAGCUUGCAUUGACAGAACGGCGAAAGAUAAGAAGAGAAAAGCAUAGAGCACAUGGGUAUAUCCGGGACAUUUCAACAUGGGUAGGAAAGGCACGCGAGCGCGCUCGCCUGUGUCACAAUCAAAGUAGUUUGGUGUAUGGCGCGCAGCCCAUGAAAUCCCUGCGGCACAACGUCGAAUCCGCG